CGCCUGCGCCGGGGUGGGCGGCCGCUGCGAGGGUCACCGCAUCCGCCGGGCGGAGCAGCGCGCCGAGGAGCUGCGGAACAAGAUCGUGGACCAGUGUGAGAGGCUGCAGUUACAGAGUGCUGGCAUCUCCAAGUACAUGGCCGAGGUCCUGUCAGGGAAGAACCAGAGAGCAGUGAGCAUGGCCAGUUCAGCACGGGAGCUGGUUAUCCAGCGGUUGAGCCUGGUGAGGAGUCUGUGCGAGAGUGAGGAGCAGCGAUUACUGGAACAGGUGCAUGGCGAAGAGGAGCGGGCCCACCAGAGCAUCCUGACCCAGCGGGUACACUGGGCUGAGGCUCUGCAGAAGCUCGACACCAUCCGCACCAGCCUAGUGGACAUGCUCACCCAUCUGGAUGACUUCCAGCUGAUUCAAAAGGAGCAGGAGAUUUUUGAGAGGACCGAGGAAGCAGAGGGCAUUUUGGAUCCCCAGGAAUCAGAAAAAUUAAACUUUAAUGAGAAGUGCACUUGGAGUCCACUACUGACCCAGCUCUGGGCAACGGCGGUUCUUGGGUCUCUCUCAGGCAUGGAGGACAUCCGCAUUGAUGAGAAGACUAUCAGCCCCUCUCUGCAAUUGUCAGAUGAUCGAAGGACCGUGACCUUCAGUGCCAAGAAGUCCAAGGCUUGUGCAGAUGGCCCAGAGCGCUUCGACCACUGGCCCAAUGCUCUGGCUGCCACCUCCUUCCAGGAGGGGCUCCAUGCCUGGAUGGUGAAUGUCCAAAACAGUUGUGCUUAUAAAGUGGGCGUGGCCUCAAGCCAGCUGCCCCGCAAGGGUUCUGGUAGUGACUGCCGCCUGGGCCACAAUGCCUACUCCUGGGUCUUCUCCCGCUAUGAUCAGGAGUUCUGUUUCUCGCACAAUGGGCGGCACGAGCCCCUGGGGCUGCUGCAGUGCCCCGCGCAGCUGGGCGUGCUGCUGGACCUGCAGGCACAAGAGCUGCUCUUCUUCGAGCCGGCGUCCGGCACUGUGCUCUACUCUUACCGCACAGCCUUCCCUCGGCCCCUCCGCCCAGUCUUCGCUGUGGCCCACCAGACCAUUUCCAUCAUCCACUGACCUUGGGCCACAGGGAGGCCAGCUCUACCUCCCAUCACCUUCUCAGGCCAGGCCACAUGUCUACUGGAUGUCCUGUCCCCAAAUGGUGUGGGGUUUCUAAGGGAAGCAGGGUCCAUGCCCAAUGGGCAGCUUAGGAGCAGUAGAUAUUGUUUCAGACCUGGACACAUCCUUUAAAUCCUGGCCAUCUGUGGCUCCUGGGACUUUACUCCCAGUCUACCAUGCAUCUACCCCUGUAAGGUGUCUCCUUCACUACUCUAUCUCUGGCAACCAGCAUGGUAUCUGGUGCAUAAUGAGGGAGCAGUAAUUAUAUGGUGAGUGAGUAGAUGGAUGGACAGAUGGACAGGUGACUGGGCAGAUGUAGUUUCUGAAGAAGCACUUCAGCCCCCUCCCCCCAGCUUCUCACAUAUGGAAGGGAUUAUCUGCAGAGAAGCCUAUGGCUGAAGACUGUCCUCUUAGUUCAGUACUUCUCCAUCUUUUUCAGGACAUGGCACAAUGAGAAAAUAUUUUUUUAGUACACAAGGACCACCUGGAAGAGAUUUAGAACUUCUGUGAGGCUGCUCUUGGGCAGAAUAGUCUGGCUUGGGAAUGCCCAGGUCCUGCCUUGGCACUCAGAAGACUGAGGGAUCCUACCUCCAGGAAACCUAACGGCAGCACAGCCAUGGGCAUUUGCCCCAGACCCAGAGGCUAAGCGCCAGCUUGUGCCCACCUAUGAUAAUGGGUGGAAUAAGUAAAUGUUUCAAGGGAAACAUUUACUGGUGAGUGCCCCUCUGACUUAAAGACCUAGGGUAAGAGUUUCAGGUCUAAAAGAGCUUCAAAUAAGAACUGAGGACUGACCUUAGGGAACAUGGACAUGAUUAAAGGUCUUAAAAGACUUGAA